AUGUCAAAAUUAAACUCUACCUUCUGGGGGCAAAGGGAAAGCAUCAGACCCGAUUUACUCUGUGGAAGGUCAGCGGACUACCUGGUGGCUCCAGGGCACUUUGCAAUGCUCGCCUGUUCCACCAUUGUUCUGGGAGGAUUUUUGAGGGCCUUUUUAAAGAAUUCUGAAGUCACUGUCUUGACACUCCUUUCCAUAACUGGGUUUGUGGUGGGACAGCUGGCCUACAACUCCGUUGAGGUGUUCCACAUUAUCUACCCGCUUCUAAGGACACCGAGUUUUUCGCUCUAUUGUUACAUCGCUCCUCUAAUUAUAUUUCUGGCCGCCUUGGAUGUGGACUUUUACAUCCUCAAGAACAUGCUCUGGCAGGUCUUACUGAUGGGAAUAAUCAGCUUCUCUACAACGUUCAUCAUCACCGGCAUCGUGGCUAUGAAACUCAACAAGGAGUCCUGGGACCUGCAGUGCUGCCUGCUCUUUAGCAUGACCAUCGGCAUCACGGACCCCAUCCAUUCUGUGAGGUCACUGAAAACCAUCGGCAUUUCCAAAAUGUAUACCGACAUCAUUCGAGGAGAGUCGAUGAUCAUGUACUGCAUCACGUGCAUGUUUUUUGGAAUUCUUCGGGGCAACUUAACUCACAUGUUCGUGUUUAGGGAGCUCCACAUAAUCAUAGACUUCUCCUUGAGCAUUUUGGGAAGCAUAGUAUUUGGAUACUGGUGUUCGAGAAUCAUUGAGUUGAUACUGACUGACCUGUUCAGCAACACGCUGACUAAUGUCAUCCUUUGCAUUUCAAUGGUGUACAUGAUUUUCUACAUCGUGGAAUUUUUAAAAAUGUCAGGUAUGGUUGCUUUAGUGACCGUAGGACUGAGGUUAGAUUCCUUAAGCUUUAAACCGAAGAUGGAGUUAAUAAUUACUAAGUUCUUAACGAUGUUUUCAUCCGUAUUCCAACAUAUAAUAUACACUUUCUUUGGCAUUGUAAUUGGAUGCGGGAAACCCACCUAUUUUCGAUUUCACACUAUAAUCUUCACGUUGAUCUUAUUUAUAACACUGAAUUUUGUAAGGUUGUUUACUGUUGUGUUAGUGAGCCCUAUUCUGAUGCAUUCCAGUUACAACUACAAUUGGAGGUGGGGAGUUAUUAUAGCAUGGUCUGGAAUUAAAGGCAUUUUCAGCCUGCUCUUGGCUCCUGAAAUUUAUAAUCUGGCUGAACAUAAAAACAAGGUGCCAGAAAUGUUUAUAUUGUAUGUACAAGCAAUAUCAUUAAUGACUAUGGGAAUAAACUCAAACAUGAUGACUUAUUUAGCCAGGAAAUUAGGGAUGUGCGCGAUUUCUCUGCCGAGACAAAUGGCCAUGCGAAAUGCCAUUCUCCACAUACAGGAGAUAAUGCAAAACACAAUAACGCUGUCUAAAACGGAGAAAAUUUUGACGAAUGUUAACUGGACCUUAGUAGAAGAAAAAACGACGAUUAAAUACAGCAUUCCUCUUCCCCACGUGUCGCCCGGGGAGGAACAUCAGGAGUCCCCGACAGAGGAAGUGUUGAUAGAAGAGGCCAGACUGCAUGUAGCUAUAAUACAAAUGAGUAGUUUUGAAAAACAGUGUCAAGACGGAAUCCUCGAUAUAAAAGCAGCCCGGAUAUUAAUCGGUGCAACCAAAAGCUAUUGCCCCAUCCAAGGAAAAUUCAUGACUAUUCACGAUGUUUCAACUUAUGUAAAAGCUAGAAGUUGGCUUAUCAAGUUUAAAAAAAUUUUAACUGUCUUGGAAUAUCGUAAAGAUAAGGCACAAUUUAUUCCAUAUGGGAAAAAUAAAUUUGUGAAAUUUACAUACCACCUUGUAUUUUCAGAAGAAUUUGAAUAUACAGGACAUAUCAUAUCAUUAAUGUACAUUUAUCCUAUUAUAAUUCAUCUAUGGCCAGUGGCGAGAGAGUUAAAUGUGUUAGCACUGAUAGUAGUAAACUACUAUAUUAUAUUUUUAUAUGCAUUACAGUCGGCAUUGAAGAUAAUAAUUUUGAAAAGGAAAUAUUUUCAUCAACACUGGAAUACUCUGGAAUUUUUAAUCUUGAUCAUUGGAAUUGUUGAUAUCCUUUGUGUAUACUUCGUCAAAUUGAGACCAGACAACAUAAUUCUCAUUCAGUUUACAGUAACCAUAGGCUAUUUAAGAAUCAUUCGAUUUAUUCCUCUCAUUAAGACAAUCAUCCCGCUGCUGAUAAAUAUUGCCAACGUGCAGAUCAAAAAGCGCCUCAGCUUGAUGUACAGUAUCACCAAAGGCUACGUCAAAAGUCAAGAGGACGCCAAAUUUUUAGUAAAACAAAUUUCUGGCCAAGGAUCAAUAUAUCAGAAAUUGUAUGAAAUUUUGGAAACCAACAAACGAGAUGCCAUCAGAGAGCUAGGGCUCAUAGAGCACGAGGGGCGUGACGUCGUUAUCGCUCUGAAGACCAGGCAGGCCAUCCAGACGGUGAUCACCAAGUCUCUGAAGCACCUCUCCUUCCUGUGGUCCAGGGGCAUCAUCGAUAAGCACGAGGGCGUGGAGAUGAAUAAGGUACUUCUUUCCAAAAUAAAGACGUUGAACAACUUCCCCAUGGCCAUCCCGCCCCCUACGCCUGACAACUACCUCCAUAAGAUUGUUUGGCUGGAGAACAAAGAGGUUCUCAUUAAGUUCUUCAAGGAAAGAGCCAGACUCGCCUAUUUUGACUACGGAGAUGUCAUUUGUAAGGAAGGUGAAAUGCCACAAGGAAUCUACUUAAUCAUUUCAGGAAUGGCGAUCCUGCACAGCCCCCCUCCUUCCUUCGGAAUCAGCCACGCCGUGCAGGCAGACAGGACGUCCCAAACCGUGUUCACCGAGUACUGCACCUGCGGGGACAUCAUCGGGGAGCUGAGCUGCCUGCUGAAGCGUGAGAUCGAGUACACCGCCAUCUGCGAAACCAUCCUACAGGCCUGCUUCAUCUCCCUGGAGGACUUGUACGAAGGCUUCGAUGUCUUCUGGCCGUUCCUGGAGUACAAUAUCUGGCUGAAGCUCGCUCUCAUGAUCGCCCACCAGUAUUGCGAAUCGGCUCUGAUCAACGAGGACUUAACGUUUGAAAAGUGCGUGUCACUCAACGUGGCGUACGUGGAGACAUUGUCCACUUGUAACGAGAUGACUAUGAACUACGCCAUCAUGAAGCUGGUGAUUGUCGUGUACGGCAGCGUCAUUGACACAAACACAGAGGUGCCGUAUCUGGCACCUUGCAUCCUACCUAAAACCUGUGAGCAGGUUCAGGGAACUUCAGAUUUAAGCAAGCUUCUGGUUAUCCAAGCAUCUCAGCCUGCCGAAGGCACAGUCAACACCAGUCCUCACAUGACCAGCAGAGAGUAUAACUGGAAGAGAAAAGAGGAGUUGGAAACUGGACUCCAUUAUAGAAAACGAUACUAAUGGUGCUUAAUGUGAUAAGUGAAGUCAGUCAGGUUCAAGACCAAGCCAGCAUCCUGGCUCAAGGGCCGAAGGAUUAUCU